CUUCAACCCAUCUCUCAACAAAACCUUCCACCCCUAAAUUUUAUAAUAUAGCACUUCCACCCCCAAAAUGAAGCUCCCCUGUUUUUUCAUCCUUCUACUUUUGCCCCUCCUCUCUUUCGCCUUCACAGCACUCGCCGAGUCUAGCAACAACCCCGUCUCCGACGGUGCGUCGCCGUCGCCGGUCCUCGAUGCCGAUGGCGGAGCCUUGCAAGCAGGCGUCAGCUAUUUUGUCCUGCCAGUCACCCACGGAAGCGGCGGCGGUCUCACUCCGGUCACCUCCGGUCCGGGUGGCAUCAUCCAAGAAGCCAGCGAGAUGCAGACCGGGUUUCCGGUGGCGUUCUCACCGGUCGACAGCCGGACCGGUUCGGUGCUGCUGUCAACCGACGUCAACGUGAAGUUCUCCGCCCCAACGGUCCGUGCCAACGAGACGGGGUGGAUGGUCGGGAAGUACGACGAACUGCUGAAGCAGUUUUUCAUUGUCACCGGCGGCGAGGAAGGGAAAACUGGACCGGAGACCGUCGCGAACCGGUUCAAGAUCGAGAAGCACGGGUCGGAUUAUAAGUUCGUGUUCUGCCCGAGCCAGGUUCUGUGCCAAAACGUUGGGGUCUUUGUCGGACCGGAGGGUGACCGGUUCUUGGCCCUGACCGAUGCUCCGUUGGUGGUUAUGUUCAAGAAUAGCAGCUUCCCUCCGUUCAUUCCGGCUCCGGAGUUUCCGGCUCCUCUUCCACCGGCUCCGGUCGUUCCGACUCCGUUUCCGCCGGCUCCGGUCCUUCCCACUCCGUCUCCACCGGCGCUAGUUCCUCCGCCGCCUCCGGCCCCGGAUGCUUCAUCGGCUAUUUCUCACGCCAAGUCGAUUCUCUGUGUCUCCUUGUCAUUUGCGGUCUUGUCGUGCUUUUUCUAGAUUCGUCAAGUUGACUACUGCAUAAGUACUGUUUAUUUUGUGUUUUUUUAUAUAUAUUCCUAAGGUUUAUGCUUAGAAUUAUGCCUUUUAUGUUCAUGUCAUUUUAACCUGUGGUCGAAUUGUUCGUUCAUAGACAAUUCGUGUGGACAAUUAGUGUGACUUAUAAAAUGACGUGUACAAAAAACGUGUAUUAAUAGCGUUGCAAACGUUGGUCAAGUGCUGGGGUGUGGUGUAACCCUGGCCUGACGUGUUAAGAAUAAUGCAAACGUUUUAGGGGCUUUGCAUUGGAAUAGUUCUGUUGCGUUUCACCGUUUGUCAUGUUUGUGCGGUUGUGCCAAACUGAUUUUGAACUCAUGUAGUCAUGUGUGGUAAUUUAAAAAUUAUAAUAUUGUUUAAACUUUAAUGUGUAUUAUUAUGAAGAUACCUAAUGGUUGAUUAUGUUUAGUAGUA